CUACUACUCGCUACUUUCUACUAGAGCCAAGCUUAGCUCGACGAUGCGUUGAUGAUGAUGCACUGACAGUGUUGCAGAUUCUCCUCCUCCUCCACCUCGCUGGUCCGGCUUUCGCCAUAGCCAUCUCUGCCACUCUGGGACCAUGCUAGAGUCGAAGCGCCUUGUGCGGUGCUUAAUUUGAAGAUCUGUUACGGGGGGGGGGGGGGGGGGGGGGGUGUGUGAAUUGGAUCGCGCAGUAUUAUGUCUACAGGGGAGUGCCGAAGCUGCCAGGAGGAUUUCACUUCUAAGAGUUGGGAAAUUAAUGUUCCGUUGAACAUCUUAUAUCCAUGAUGUACGAGGACUGGUCGUGCAAGUUUGCCUCAGUUUGGUUGUCCAGAUGACCGGAGGGACCGGCAAAUUCAUUUUCUUUUUUCAUCAGGGGCAUGACUGUCUUCCAGUGACUCACUUCGGUGCUCGACGACUUGUUGAAUAAAGCUCCCUUCUGUAGAAGUCUCCUAACCCUCUCCCCUGGGAUAGGCGAUUGGCGGUUGUGUAGCUGUUGGGCUUAUAGAAAUGGACGUUCUCUGCAUUCCUGAUCAGACUGAUCGUGCAAAUCCAUACACCAUCUCGCUCAACCCUGCAACCAGCAUUCCUUUGACAGACUUGCGGCUAGGGAAGCAGCUUGACGACUCUGAAAGCGCACUUGUAUAGCUCAACUCACCGAAGUUAUACAACCCCGGUUUCAUUUGUAAAUCACGUUUUUGACGAAGGGGGAAUUUAGUUUCUGGAAAAAAUGGGCUCGAGCGCACUUUCCGAGAUUGGCACCCUCAUAUCGAAUCAUCCAUAUGUUUCCUGCAGUCUACUAGUGUUUCUCACACCUCCGUUUUUCCCAAUCCUUAAGUUCUUCUCGCCUUUAUUGAUAUCGACAGCCUUGUUCUUUUUGGCGUUAGUGACAAUGGGACCUCAUUUUGAAGACCAAUCGGAUCAGGAGGGCGACCUUCAGAGGUCAUUGGAAGAUAAGACCGGACAUGAAUCUAUCUUGGGUACCAGAACAGAAUCUGGAGAGAGGGACAUUAAGAGAAAGACACCCAGUAAGGAUUUUCGUUCUACUAUAGCCGAUUGGGCGAAAUCUUGUAAAGAUUCUGGGCUGACGUGGGUGGAAGAAAAGUUGCGGAACGAGAAUUGGAGGGGAGCAUCUUUAAAUGAUGACAAUGUUUCCAUUCUGCAGGAAGCAUUUGCUCACAGAGCUGAGGAGCAGCCACGUGCAAUGGUGAAGCUUGCAACUAGGAGGAUUCCAGCGGAGGAGGAGAGGGUUGCUGAGCAGCAUUCCCUUCAAAGGCAAGUGAUUCAUGAAAUACCAAACUUGGAUUCUCGGAGGUCCUCGCGCUCUGUUAGCGACGGAGGCUUCGAAAGGCCUCCUUCCUUCACUACAAGGACCGCUGCUCGAGAACUCCCCCACGACUUUUUUUCACCUCAUCCGAGUUUCUCCAGAAGACCCGACUCUGACGUUUUGUUUAAGAAUGGAAUAUCUACCCCCACCGAACAUGAUAUGCCACCACUUGUAAACGGCCCUGCGGAGGUCACUGCUCCUCUUUACGAUUCAUUUGAAGAUGACAUGGACACAAGUGACGAUGAGUAUGGUCACUACCACGCUCGGCAUGAUGAAGACAUGCACCUCGAGGUUGGAGAGAGAUCAUCGGAUCCAGAACACAUCUCUCGGGAGGAGUUACCGGCGGCCAACGCUACUCGUGACCAUCUACUUCCAUUCACGGUGAUAGAAGAAGAUUUGCCUUCCUCCAGUGAUAGUGAUGAGGAACUUAUCCUUUUUACUGGCUUGCAUCAUAGAAAUGGAGCCAUGGAGCCACCUGUUCCAAUAAUACAUGAUGUAGUUCAUGAUCGUGACAUGAACUUGCAUGACCAGCAGACAGCACAUGUUACAGGAACUCAUGCAGAAAUUGCUCCACAUGAUGAUGAUGAUGCUGAAGAGCACGCGCCUCCAGCUGAGCUUGAAGCACUACCUGUUCCAGCACCGAAUACUCAUCAUGAAGACCACCCUUUGCCAGCAGCCGCUCAUGAGAAAACCUCACUGCCUAGCGGAGAUGUGGAAUUGCAUGACAUACCGGAGUUGGAGGAUAUACUACCAGUGGAGGGCAAUAGUCGUGAACUUCCUCCCACAGUAGCCGAGAGUACAGAGUCUAUACCUCGUGACCUUCAUGUCGCAGACAAAGGGGUUGGUGAAUUUCCUGCUGGUCAUAAUGAGCCUGAUAUUUCAAAUGUUCCUAAAGACCACGUUACCAUCAGUGAGGAAUUUUACGCUAAAUCCGAGGCGCACGUUCUUAAUGCAGAUGCUUCUGUGGAGCCACCGCAUUUUGUUGAGAGAUCAUUGUCACUUCCAGUUAUGGGAAGCCUUGCAGAUACCGGUAGUAUAGAGUCAGCCCCAGCUCACGAGGAUCUCCCUCCAUUGGACGAACCACUUCCUGACAAGUUUCAAGAGCCAGCAAACUCAUCUGUCGCCUUGAAUCAUGCGAUCUCACUUCCAGCUGCCAUGAAACCGAUUCACCCGAUUGUCAUACCACCAAAGACCCUUGAUGAGGGACCUAGGAGUCCUGAUACAGAUUUAGGGUAUGCCACUACUCCUGAUCAUGAAAGGCGAGGCCUGGCUAGGCGAGGUUUCUUCGCACCUGAACGAUACAAUUCCAUCACUUCCGCCAGCGGGGACGAGCUUGAGCAUGGACCGCCAGUGAAGCAACUAUCUACGAAGGAGAAGAUAGAGCAGAAGCUCGAGGCUUUAUGCAAUUCCAUUCCUCGUGAUUCUACUUCUCGUUCAGCGGAUAUAUCAUUAUUGAGGGCAACAACUGAUGAGCAAGUUAUUCAUGUAGCAGACAAGAUGAAGAGUUUUGUCGAGGAUAGCCCAUCCAGAAAAUUUCAACCUGAUGCCCCACAACUUAAAAUCACGCCACCGUCAACGAAAGUUCCGCUGAACGCAUCACUUAGCAAAUCUGCAAUCUUAAUUUCUGCUCUCGGGAGGCCAUCUAUACGGACUUCCAGGUACGCAAGUGCAGGAGAAUCCAGUGAAAGUUCCGAUGGAGACGAACAGAUAGAUUUAGACUCUGAUGUCGGCUCAGAGACAGAUUCCGACGUAGAGAUUACUGGAUACGGGAAACCUGGAACGCGCCUUAAGGCCCCUCCCAGGCUAUCUCCCAAGCCGUCUCCAAAGCCGCGUGCAGCAUAACCUGUGGUGGCAAGUUACUUAGCCGACCGAUAGAGAACUUGUAAAAUUGAUAUAAAAUUAUCUCUUGCAUCUCAGUAAGCCUUAGUUCCUUUGUUCCGUAAGGAAUCCAAACCAACGACAGCUGCCGUGAACCCCCACUUCUAUUCCCAGCUCUUGAAAUAUCAAGGUGGUAUACCUACUUUGAGCCUUGACUGUACUUCAGAAACAUACUCCUGCACUGAUAGCUUUGUAUUACCAUACUGACGAUUACCUUGAUUUCAAUGACAAAGACCGAGCAGCCUUUGGUGACUAUUUCCCAUCCAAUUCUGGUAUGUCCACCUUCUCUGUACUGCACCUCUCGUUUUUAUGUUUAAAGCAAUGUCAUGUUCUAGUUGAGUUUUGCAGCCUGGCUAUAUAUAGGCUAGUGCGACACUUGACUUCUAGUAUUUAAUUUCACAGUAGUCGUCAGAGUCUGUUAUUUACGUCAAAGAGAUUUGGCUUGGAGAAACGUAUUGCUCGAUCUUUGCCAGCCGUAAGAGAAGAGGUUGUUCACAGCAGGCAUGCAUUUAAGAUAACCUACCCAUUGAAACCUGA